UAGUAUUACUUAAAGUUUUUUUAUUUAAUUUGAUAAAUUAUCAUUGUUAUAUUCCUAAAAGAAUAGUGUGUUAAAGCUUGUUCUGUACUUUUGGAGUAUUUGCUCUGCUACAGCUGAGGUUGAUUUGUUUUGUAUUUUUUCUGUCUUUCGUCCUUAAAUAUUCUACUGCAGUUGUGUGGUAUUUUUCCUUUAGUUUCAGCCAAUCUUCUGAGAUGUGUUUUUGUCUUGUACACGCAUGUCAGCAACAUUAACCUUUUUAGUCUGGGCUAAGAUUUUUAUAUAGUUCAUCAGGGCUUGGUUAGGUUUUUGGCUUGUUUGGCUUAACCUUUUUUCCCCCAGUAUUUCAAAGUUUCAAAGUCCUUUUCAAAUCUCUGCCAGUUCAGUUCUUAAUCACAUGGAUCUUUUAAAAUUCCUGAUUUACUGUACUGGCCAAUCAUCUUUCAGCAAACAUUAGCCCAACUUUAUCUGUCUCUUACUAUCUCACAUCUCAACUCAAGUUCUUUCACUUUAUACUUUAAUGAUGCGUCACAAAUGCCCUCACGCAUAAUGAACUAAAUAUUUUUCAUGAAGAAUGUGUCUGAACAAAUCCCACUUCUAAUUAAACUAAAUAAGAAUAAAAGCAUACUGGUAUAUUCAUAAAUGCAGUGAAUAAAGCACUUAAAAACAAAUACAUCCUCUCCAUACAGUUGUUGAUCAGGAUUUAUUAUUUUAAAUUUUAUUUUUUUUAUUGAAGUAGCUUUGAUAAUAAAAUGUCAAUUAAUGGUAAAAGCUAUGUGAAACGUGAAGAGCAGACGGAUUCUGCUUCAAUUCGUAUGAACAUGGGGAAAAAGAAACAAUUGGUUUCAGAUGAUUUGGACUUUUAGCAGAUCCUUUACACAACAUUUUUGGACUUGGUUUUAUCAUUGACAUUAAAAAAAAUAAUUUCAAAGAUUGCAUUGGACAGGGAUUCAAAGAAAACACUAUGAACUUAAUUGGGCUGCUUUGUACGGUCCUGUAAAAUCGUAUAUUUUUCUGAAGACUCUUUUGCCUCAAACUUUAAAGAUAACGGGGCAAACACAAGUUUAGGGCAUUAAUCUUAUCAAAGGCAUGCAUGCACAGCUCUUUGAUUCAAACACAGUUGUUAAAGUGGACUUUUGAGACACAUGCUGUCCUACUUUAAGGCUCGUUUGUGCAGGAAUCUGCAGAUUUAGCAUCUCAGGUGGAUGCGUGAUUAAUGGCUUCAGUUUUCAGCAAACCAUGCACUUCUGUGCAGUGUUGCCAUUCAAAACAGUGCUCAGUGUUAGUCAUGCAGCAUCAUGAAUCCUUAUGUUUGACCGCAAGCUUUUGUCUGUUUGGUUACCGUAAGCCAGUGGUUCACACUUUUUUGGGGGGGGGAUGAGACCAGUUGAAAUGACCAAGCUCAAGUGAGCGACAACAAAAUGUUAAAUAUAUAUUCAAUCAUAUAAACUCUCACAAUAUGAUUAAAUUCUUACAAUAUAUGGCCAUUGCUACACACUGUAGAAUUAUAUCUAUAUUUGAAAUUUGUAUUGCUACGUCCUUUGCGAUCUACUGGGAGAUCCUGAUCCACGUAUUUGACACCCUCCUCAAGGCUUAAGCUGACCUGUCCACUUUAACUACGUGUUGAGAAAUCAUGAUUUGUAAUGGAGUUUUAACAUCUAUUCCUAUCUUAGUAUAUAAUUCAUCCAAAUAUGUAUUAUUAGAUUUGGGUUUUGUUUUGACAGUCUAUAUUUAGGGACUGUGCUGUGGCUGGAACAGGUCACUCAGUGUCUAACACUCCAUGAAUGAAGCACUUUUCUGGACUUAUUCUCUCUGACAUUUACAGUGUCAGCCUGUUUGGGCCAUUAGACAAUGUUUACUCAAGAUUUAUCCAGCUCUUAAAACCACUGGGCACACUGCCCUUGAUGUACUUAUGCUGUCUCUCUCAGCGGGAUUGUAGUAUGCACGAUAAAUUAGGAGCCUUCUGCCGUCAGGAUGCUUUGACUGCUGUCCAGUUUGUGCAUUUCUCUAUUUGGAUAGCAUCUGAAUGCUUCGACAUCACCUAAUAGGUCUUUGCAACUUUGCUCUUUGUCACAAUCCAUUCAUAUGUGUGUUGAAAAAAGCAAAGUUUUUUACUACUUACAUUAGCUAAAACGUUGAAAUGAAUCCAUGGUUGUCAGUGUCUGUUUGGGUCGUGUCAUCCUUAGUUGUUGAGUUUUAUGGAAUAAAAAGUAAAGCCAUAUUGUAACUAGGGGCAACAAAACUAAUUUAUUCAACCACCUGAAAUCAAAUAAGAUGACUGCAUGAAAUGUCCUGGAACAACAGGACAGUAUGGCCACCACCGUUGCUGUCAGUCCAAGUGAAUACCUACAACCUUCCACAAGUCCUACACAACUUGAAGAUGAAACACACGGACCACAAACAGCUACAAAAGCUUCACAGGACCCUCAGCCCUCCCCUUUGGCUCUCCUGGCUGCCACCUGUAGUAAAAUCGGCCCCCCUGCUGCUCAGGCACCUGUUAGUACCCCUGUGCCACCCCAGCCUCGCAGACUCCUUCCCAUAAAGCCAGCUCCCAUUGCCCCAGCUCCUCCAAAAAACCUGGGGUUUUUGUCACCAAAGGGCAAUGUCAUCCUGGGCCCUGCGCCCCACGGCAACCCCAUUGUCCUCACCAUCCAGGCCAGCCCGGCUCGCACCAACACCGCAGCUCCGGCAAACAUCCAGUACCAGAUGGUGCCGCAGAUCCAAGGUACUCAAACAAUCCAGGUAAUGCCACAGGGCGGUCAGAUCCAGCUCAUACCGGGCACCAACCAAGCCAUCAUCACCACGCCAAUGACCGUUCCUGUUCCUGCUGCUGCCACAGCUCCCAUCACUCCCCCCAAGACUGUGACCAUCAAGCCCUCCCCCAAGUCUCGCAAACCAAACAAUUCCACCGCAAACAUUGUGCAGCUGCCCAGUGGCUGCCUCACACUCCCGCUGAAUGUAGCGACUGGAGAAGUGGGCGGGACUCAGAUCAUCACAGAGACGGCUGCCGCCACAUCCUCCAACUCUGGGAAAGGUAAACGUGGAAGGAAGAAGAAAGUCGUUCUGAGUACACUGCCUCAACUCCCGCCUCCCGCACAGGCCGCUUCGCCGCCGCCAGAACAGAUGGAAACCUACCUGAUAGACACGGGAGACAACAUCAUACAGGCUGGCAACAACCUCCUGAUCGUACAAAGUCCUGGUCAGCCAGCCGUGGUGCAACAGGUCCAGUUGAUGCCACCCAAACAGGACUCCCAGGUGGUUCAGAUCCCACAACAAGCGCUCAAGGUGGUGCAGGCCGCUUCCGCCACGCUGCCACCUGUCCCGCAGAGACAGUCGGCUCCUUCAAAUCUGCAGGUCACCACAUCAGAGCAGUCACCGACGCAGCUUUUCUUCAAAUCGGGACUGGGUGAGUGGUCGUCAGUUCUGCUUCAGGACUCGGUCUCCUCGACCACGACUGCAACCACGACGAGUGCCAGCAUCACAACUUCUCCUCCGACUGUUACCAAAAAGACACCCACGGGAGGAAAAAAAGAAAGGACUCUGGCAAAAAUUGCUCCUGCAGGCGGGAUGAUAACUCUGAACACGUCGCAGCUGCCGACCCCAGCCCAGGGAGUGCAGACCAUCAGCAUCAAUGGUGUCCAAGUUCAGGGAGUACCUGUAACCAUCACAAAUGCAGGGGGCCAGCAGCACCUGACAGUACAGACCAUGCACGGCGGCGGGCUACAGCUCGCUGCAGCACAGGGCCAGCCCGCCAUUCAGGUGGACCAGGCCCUGACUCUGGAGCUGCCAAGUCAGCCUGGAGAGAAGAAGAGACGCAUGGCCUGCACCUGCCCCAACUGUAAAGACGCAGACAAGAGGUUCGUAUCUCGGUGUCUCAGUAGAGAUUUUUCUUCAUGUAUUCAGAGCUGCGAUGUUGAUUGAAACACAAAUCAAAACACUGGACGUUUGAUUGAAACUAAUGAGAGGAU